AUGAACAGUGUGAAAUUUGGAGCCACAAUCGCUGUACAAGAAUGCCAGCACCAAUUCAGAUACAGAAGAUGGAACUGCACUACCCUUCAAUUUGAAAAAUCACCUGUUUUCGGAAAUUCUGCAAACGGAGGUAAAUAGUCAUUCUUUUGUUUCGUGCUGUUAGGUUUAAGGUCUUGUUAGCCUGUGUACAGCCGCCCCCUCCCCUCGAAAAGGCUGAUUUAGCAACAGAAUGGGAACGUCAGUUGACGACGGGAAAGCGCGCGGAAAGGACUAAACGCGACUUCCGGUAAUCAAUUUGCCGCUCUGCUAUUGGUCAAGCCAGUUGUUUACUUUGCGCGCGCCGUCGUCAACUGACGUUCCCUUUCUGUUGCUGAAUCAGCCAUAGGAGAAGGGGCCCCCUCUCCAAUUUUUCCCUGGGGAAGGGGAGGUUGUAGAAAGGCUACAUGUAAGUCUUGUUAGGGCAUAGUUAGUAGUGGAGACUGGUUAGGAAACCCGGCAACCUUCAAAGUUGAAAACAAUGGGGAUGUAGGUUAUGUUGGAAGCUCCCUGACCGUGCACAAUCCUUUGUUUUCUGUUCACAAAUUAUGACUGAAUAAAUUAAUGCAUUGUUUCUAUUGGUCAAUAACUUCAAAAUGAUAGGAAUGCUAUCGAACGUUGGCCACGGUCAGGUCCAAAAAAGCUAACAAAAACCUAUAACAAAGGGUUUCUUAACCAUUCCACUUUAAUUAACUAUGGUUAGGCUAAUGUUUUUUGUAAUAGACUAAUACUGUUCUACAUCACUUUGAAGCCUUUCGCUCGCUUUUUCCUCUAACAAGUACGCUAAAUACAUGUACAUACCAAAAAUACAAGGUUAUCGAUAUUGUUAGAACCUCAUUCGAGACUUAAAACAACUCGCAGUAUUUUUUCCAAGUUUUUUGUUUGCUUGAAGCGGCAAUUCCUCUACUUAUGAAUUUUGAUAGAAUUUAAUGACGUUAAUAAGUAUUUUUUUGUUGUUGUUUUCGUCUUUAAUUUACUAGGAACCAGGGAAGCCGCAUUUGUUCAUUCCAUUUCGUCAGCUGGUGUGGCAUAUGCUGUAACGCACUCGUGUAGCGCCGGCAAACUGGGCCGAAAAUGUGGGUGCGACCAAAAAUACACCGGAGAGGCUGAAGAGGGUUGGAAGUGGGCCGGAUGCAGUGAUGACAUUGAGUAUGGAAUCGAAUUCUCGACGAAAUUUGUCGACGCAAGAGAACGCGGCCGAACAGGAAACCCUGCCCGUAUUAUGAUGAAUCUGCACAACAAUAUGGCGGGGAGACUGGUGAGAAUUCGUCACUUUAGAAGCGAGAAGGGAACUGGGUAGCCUGCGAACAGCAGACGCAUUUCCGGUUGUCGCUUCUUUCUCUCUCUCUCGGAGGGAGAGAAGCGACGACCGGAAAUGCGUCUGCUGUUCGCAGGUUAGGAACUGGGAUGAGUCGAUUGUCGUAAAGGCCACUGGGACUGUUACCUAGGACAGGGAAAAAAAUAGCCAAUAGUAACAAUCUUAGAAACAAUUGCGGUACGCAUUUCGGCUCCAGAGUCUCUAAUACGCAUUCCAGUUAGCCAAUAAGCUUCCAGAAUUUAGUACAUCACGCGCAGUUACGAAAGCUGUUCUUGCUUCUACUAGAAAUAACUCAAUAAUGGACUCUAGGCAAAUACCGUAAAAUUCCGAAAAUAAGCCCCGGGGCUUAUAUUUUUCAAAGGCCCUUUUUGAGGGGCUUAUUUUUGGAGGGGCUUAUCUACGGAGGGAUAUUUGCGUUUUAAAAUCGAUUCGGCUAGCCUUAUAGUUGGAAGGAAAUGUACCGUUUUAGCUUUGUUUUACUUUGUAUUUAAGGGCAAUUUUCCAAGUACAAGCCCCCGGGGAGCUUAUGUUUGGAGGGGAGAUUUAACAGAGGGUUUUUUACGUUACCGGUUUGGAGGGCUUAUACGUGGAGGGGCUUAUUUUCAGAAUUUUAAGGUAUAUGUAGAAAAUGUCAUUUACAAAUGAUCAUACAGAAACAAUGCUCCAUGAAACUAUGGACUAAUCCUUUUUGAAAUAAUUGAAUUGUGUGUCUUAUGUUUUCAGGCCUUAAGAAAGUUUGUACAAAUCCCGUGCAAGUGCCACGGUGUGUCAGGGUCGUGUAAUGUUAAGACUUGCUGGCGAUCUCUGCCAAAUUUCAGGAAGGUCGGAGAACAUAUCAAGGAGAAAUUCGACGGUGCCACUGAAGUGCAAUACCAACGGAUAGGAUCAAAGUCAGUUUUGGUUCCACGAAAUCCCGAGUACAAACCUUACACCAAAUAUGACCUCGUUUAUCUUAACGGCUCACCAGAUUUCUGCAGUGCAGAUCCAAGCACAGGUUCCUUGGGGACCCAAGGCAGGUUUUGUAAUCGAACCUCUCAAGCAAUCGAGGGAUGCGCGUUUAUGUGCUGCAAUCGAGGCUUUACAACGCAUCUGGAGAAUCGAGUCGAUCGCUGUAACUGUAAAUUUUUCUGGUGCUGCUAUGUUAAAUGCAGCGAGUGCCACAAAAGGGUGGAGGUCAGCAUAUGCAAGUGAGUUUCCUCCUGCGAUACAAUUACAAUUUUGCUUCAAGGAAAGUGCACUCGUUGCAGUGUAUUCAGGUUAUUUGCUUUGUGGCACGUACUUAUGGCGGUGAGUGACAAAAAAGUACAGGCCAG